AGAGGGAGCAGCUAUACCUUUGUUCAGAGUGUGGGAAAUGUUUUUCACAGAAGUCCAGUCUGCAUAUAUAUCAGUGACCUCACAGUGGUGAAAAGCCAUAUGUCUGUCCUGAGUGCGGGAAAUACUUUUCAGUGUAGCGCAGUCUUCACACAUAUCAGAUAUCUUAUACGGAGGAGAAGUUGUAUACCUGUUCGGAGUGCGGGAAAUGUUUUUCAGAGAAGCCCUUUUCUUCAUAUAUGA